AGGAAAAUAGCGUUUGUGUCGAUGCUACCUCACGAACAGACUCCAUAUUUUUUUCAGGAAGAAUAAUAUAUAUAUCAGGAAGAAAUCGCAAUGUUUAUUUCCACCUUGAAUUAUAAUGAAUAUUUAAUUAUGAAAAUUUAUCCUGUACAAACCUGUACGCAGGCACAGAGGAUUUUUAUUUUCACAGAAAAUCACAAUUACAUGUAUUGAAAUAUUCCCAUGAUUUUUACAUCUUAAAACUGUUAAGAAUAACCAAGGCAUGACUGAACUUCAAGUAGAAAGUCUAGAUGUCAACAAUCCAUUAUCAAAUGUGGUAGAUGAAUCAAAUACCAAAAAUCAAUCACAAGAUGUUGAUGAGGAACCCCCAGCAAAGAAAACCAAGGAGGCAGAAGGGGACAGCCCUUACCCUUUUGCAAAGCUACGGGGUAUUCGCAUUUUCUCUAAACGAGAAAUAAAUGGCCAAGAUGCUGAAAUGACAAGAAGUUAUUGGAAAUUUUGGAAUGUAACUGCAGAGGAACUAUGUAGUGAUGGAGCUUAUAAUGAUUGGGGGAAACGUGAUCUCAAGUUGUAUAUUGAUGCGGCAUGGGUGAUAAAUAAAACACGCAUACAAGAAGCACGGGAGAGAGAAGUACGGGAGGAUAUUACAGAACUACAAAAUGGAUAUGGUUCAUCAGAGUUACCUGUGAAACUUCGGACAGAAGAUGAGAAUAUUACUGAACUUUUGUCACAAUUACAAGAUUCAACAGCAAAUUUAACAGAGUUGAAUGCAGAGUUGAGCAAAUCAAGAGGAAAACUCUUCAACAUGAAACAACGACCAGUUUCAAUAUCUUACACACAAGAAAUAAAAGAUGAUGAUAUAAUAAAAAUGUCAAAGACUAUUUCUGAGAAAGAAAAGAACUUAUACGAUGGUAUGGCAGAAGUGAAGAAAGAUCAGGACUCCCUAAAAAAGGCAUUGACAAGAAUUGGAAAUAUAAUUCAAAAGACAAAACGGAACACCCAGCCACUUCCCAGUGUCAUACUAGACCAAGGACUACAGACCAUUGAAGCUACUAUAAUCACGACUUAAAAAACAAUUAAUUUAAAAAAGUAUAUUCUGUGAACUGAAAGUGUCUGUCAUGUAUGAAAAAGUUAAAUCAUGACCACCUUCAGGGGUACUGUCUCUCUAGCACUACUUUGUAGUUGUAGAAGGUAUUAAAAAGUAUUUUUAAUAUCAAAAAUUAUCAAUUGAAUAAGUCUAAGUUUUCAAUACAAUGUUGUGAAAUUAUAUCAUACACACUGCAGGGUCAGGGAUUCUUAUAUUCAGAAUGGUAAAAGUGGUGCAUGGGAUGGUCUUAUCCACAUGAAGUUUAGAUUUGGGGUCAGAAACCUCUGUCCAUAGAAGCCCAGCUCUUAUGUU